GCGGUGCAUGCUGGGCGCGCCCCUUCCCGCCGUGACUGUGCACAUCGCGGCCCCGCGGCGGCGCCGGGAGGAUGGUCGGCGUGAAGGUGAUCGCGAACGACACCGAGUUCCAGCCCGAGCUCAGCGCCGCCGGCUCCCGCCUCGCUGUGGUCAAGUUCACCAUGCGCGGAUGUGGCCCGUGUUUAAGGAUAGCUCCAGCUUUCAAUGCUCUGAGUAACAAAUAUCCCCAGGCAACAUUUUUGGAGGUAGAUGUACACCAGUGCCAGGGAACAGCUGCAACCAAUAAUAUAUCAGCAACACCAACAUUUCUGUUUUUCCGAAACAAAGUGCGAAUUGACCAGUAUCAAGGAGCAGAUGCUGUAGGAUUAGAAGAAAAAAUUAAACAGCAUCUCGAGAAUGAUCCUGGAAAUAAUGAGGACACAGAUAUUCCAAAAGGAUAUAUGGAUUUAAUGCCAUUUAUUAAUAAAGCCGGCUGUGAAUGUCUUAACGAAAGUGACGAGCAUGGGUUUGAUAACUGCUUACGUAAAGACUCUACCUAUCUGGAAUCAGACUGUGAUGAGCAGCUGCUUAUUACUGUAGCUUUUAGUCAGCCUGUCAAGCUUUAUUCUAUGAAGCUUCAAGGACCAGAUAAUGGUCAAGGUCCUAAGUAUGUAAAAAUCUUUAUAAACCUCCCACGAUCAAUGGAUUUUGAAGAGGCUGAGAGAAGUGAACCAACCCAAGCCCUGGAACUAACACCAGAUGACAUUAAAGAGGAUGGUAUUAUCCCACUUCGCUAUGUAAAGUUUCAGAAUGUUAACAGUGUAACUUUAUUUGUCCAAUCAAAUCAUGGCGAUGAAGAAACAACAAGAAUUACAUAUUUUACCUUUAUUGGAACUCCAGUCCAGGCAACAAACAUGAAUGACUUCAAGCGAGUAGUAGGCAAGAAAGGAGAGAGUCACUAAGAUGGAAAAGACACUGGAAGGCCUUAUUUCAAUCAAAUGAGAUCUUCAGUUUAUCUCCAGCUCCUGGAUAAUUGCUUGACCGUAGCCAGAGACUGUCAAUCUGUUUCAUUUAAUGUCAUUAUCAAUAAAUCAUUGCUUUUGUUGAGAUGGAGUUUCAGAGUGUGUUUCUGUUGUAAUCUUGGUACAUGUAUUUGUAAAUAAAAUUCAUGAAUUUUGCCAAGUUUAA